GCCUGUCAUGCACAUUUUAAGGGUACGGGAGCCUUGGCUGAUGUAAAGGUGAAUAAUGCCACCUGGCUCCUAUAUAACAUGCUUGAGGCCAAGAAACAAUUAUAAAAUAAAUUUCUAGAGGAGUAACCAUGUGCACCUGCAGUGCACAUGCAGCAAACAGUGAUUUGGUGUCAGAUUUAUUGUGCCAAAAGCUUUCAUGGCGUAGAGUCCACUUUAUCCAAUGCCUCUGGAUCCACAAAAGCUUGUGCUACAAUAAAAUCCGUUUAUUUCAAAGGAACUGCAAGACACUGUUGCAUGAAAGCCAAAGACACUCCAGUUAUGCAAAAUAUUCCCUCAGAACAGUAGGGGAAUUGACAGGGCUUAAUUAAAGCUGAAGAUCAACCUUGGAAUCUGAAAGCUAUAAAUCUCUGGUGAUGCGGAAGUUGGAUCUGAGUCCGGCAGCAGCAUUGUGACAGGUACUCCACAUGUGCUCAGAAGCACUUUCCCCCCAAAUAUUGCAGGGCUGCCAUUGCCAGCUCCAAUUUAGCUCAGCCUUUAAGGGUUCCAAAGCUGAACCAAAAAUAAUACACACCAUCUGCUUUGUGUGUAUAUAUUAGGACUAAUUUCUUCUUUGUUAAAUAUACACAUAACAUUUUGUUAAUAAAGACAAAGCAGGGGCUUAACGCAAACAGACCAGGCUCUUUCUACCCUCUUUCCAUGUUCAGUCUCAGAGUGCCAAGCACAAAUUGUUUCAUGCCUGUUUUAAUCCAAAGCAGUUCCAGCAAAGGCACAUUCCCAUAGCUCAGUGGUAGAGCAUCUGCCUUGCAUGAAAACGUCCCAGGUUCUCUCCUUGAUCUCUCCAAGCAGAGCUGGGUGAAGCCACUGGCUGAAAUCCUGGAAAGCCGCCGCCUGUCAAGUGUGCUGAGCAGGCGCAAGAGACGGGGGUGCCAACAGGUCUCCUUGCCAAGGGCGCGAGGCAACCCAGGUGCGCUUCUGCGUAGAGGGGCUCCUCUGCAAACGCAACAAGGCUGGCUUGCACCACAUUUUGACGCGGUUACACAUGACCGUCUAAAAAGCGGGAAGCGGGGACACCCACAAGGCCACCAAGUCCAGAGUCCGGCAUUACCUAACUCUGCCCCCUGCCCCGCCGCCCCCAACCUCAGGCGCGCACGAGGAAGGCGGGGAAGGGGCUGGCCCUUCCGCAGACGCGCACAGGCAGGCGCGCGCCCACCCUCCCAGGCGAUGACGCACUUGGAUCUGGGUAACUUUUUAGGCAAGCCGCCGGUCCGUUCCGAGCACUCGAUUCUCUCUUGGUCAGCGUGAAACAAUGGCAGGAAGAAGCGGUCGCCUCGCCGUCCGGGGUUUGGUGGAGAUGGGCUCCCGCCCACGAUGCUCAAAAGGAGCCGGAUUGCAUUUGCCACCUUGCAGGUGCUUCAGCUCCAAAGGGGUUCUUGCCCCUUGCAUCCUGAAGGCCUGCUCCUCCCUGGCUUCAUGGUCAGCCACCAAACAGCAGAGCCGGCCCUUCCUGAGUCUGGCAGCCCCCCUGCUUGGUGCCAAGCGGAUGGAGUAUGCAGAAGUCCGUCAGCUCCCGUAUUCCAUUGAGCAGAUCUACAAUACGGUGGCAGAUGUGGGCAGCUACAAGUUGUUUGUGCCCUGGUGCACCAGCUCCCGCGUCAUUUCCCAUUGCAACGGGUUCCUGCAGGCUGAACUGGAAGUGGGAUUCCCUCCUGUGGUAGAGCGCUACUCCUCCGACAUAUCCUUGGUGCCUCACCAUCAGAUCCGGGUUGUGAGUAACGACGGACGGUUGUUUCAGCAUCUGGAAACACUGUGGCAGUUUGAACCAGGACGUCCAGGGCAGCCAGACAGCAGCUGCACGCUCAAGUUUUACGUCUCCUUUGAAUUCAAGUCAGUUCUGCAUUCCCAACUGGCUAACCUCUUCUUUGAUGAGGUAGCCAAGCGGAUGGUGUCAGCCUUUGAGCAACGGUUAAAGAAACUGUACAGUCCACAGGCUGCAGUCCAACCACACAAGGCAGUUUGCCGCACGUGAUGAAUAGCCUCAUAUGUAUGGGGCAUCUUUCCUGGUCUACAGAAGAACAUUCCUCUUUACCAUCAUGCCUGGAUCUCUUACUUUUUAAGGACAUUGCUUUGUGUUUUUAAUUUAUAUAUAUAUAUUAUAACACUAUACCAUGAUUCUCAUACCUCAAGAGCAGUUGGAUACAACAAAGCUGCCAACAUAAAUAUAUAUAGUUUAGCAAUGCAUAUUCAGUGACAAGAUAAUAUGGAAGGGCAUUGCUUUAUUUAUGCCUAUUUAACUUGCAAAACCCUUGGAAUACAUUAUUUCAUUAAUGAUAUUAUUUUAUUCAGAGUUUUAUCCUAAUUUAUUUUAUAUUUAAUUCUGGUGGUCUUGAGUCCUUACCUCAAAGGACACUUCUGUCAAUGAUUGACAAAUGCAAAUGUACGGAAUUUUGUUAAGAUAUAUAUGUAUUUAUUUAAGGGCAAUUCUAAAAAAAAAAAAAUCCCA